AUGGAUCAUUCAUGUGUGUGUUCGAAUGAAAUGGUGAUUGAUGACGAGGAGACAUCUGAAAACAACGCGAAUAAUGCAGAAGAACGAAGAGAAGUGGAUGGUAGUGUUGAUGCAGCACAACAACAAGCCACUUGCGUAGAGCAUGCGGGUCUUGUGCACGACCGUGAACGAUCACAGUUGCAAAGUGCUGAAUCCACGAACAUUGCCCUUGAACAUUGCUAUCAACAGGCCAGUUCAAAACCUGUACCAGAAACUGAUUAUUCGAGUUGGAUGUGGGAAUUUAAACAAAAAUUGAUGAAGCGUUUGAGUGUGGUCCCGUUGGAUCGUAUUGCUGAAGUACAUCAAAUGAUACGCUAUGAGAUUGAUUCAUUGUAUGCCGAACAGAUUGCCAAAGAUGUUGAGGAACGAUUCAAAGAGGGAACCAGAGAAGUUGUUGAGGAUCGUGUGCUGAAUCUGUUGAACUGA